AUGAACCCCGUUAUGAAAUCCGAGACCAGUGCCGCUGUACCUCAGUCUCAGACAGAAGGAUAUGGUGAGUUCAGCCCCUUCCUUUAUAUUUAUUUCUGCCAUAACCGAAUUAAGGUUGCCCCAGACAGAGACAGUUCUUUCCAGCACCUCCUCGGUGCAGCUGAUAUUGACAAUGAGGAUCAACAUGGGAGCCAGUCAGCCAUAGCCUUAAGAAUGUCGGCUCUGGGACACUUUGGUGCCUCAACGCAUAUUCUCUACUGGGAAUUGGGCUCUGUCCUUGGAGCCACACUCGUUCAAAAGGAAGCUUUCACACGUGAAUGA